AUGCCCGCAACGCAGGUCACGACUUUAAAGAAUAACGGCUUCCGAGUGGCGUCAGAGAACUGGAAUACCCCAACAUGCACCGUUGGUAUAUGGGUUGACGUGGGUAGUCGGUGUGAGUCUGAAGCGAACAACGGUGUCGCUCAUUUCCUUGAGCAUAUGGCAUUCAAAGGCACCGAUAAACGUACACAACAUUCACUGGAAUUGGAAGUAGAAAACAAAGGAGCUCACCUUAAUGCAUAUACUUCCCGUGAGAUGACGGUUUAUUAUGCGAAGUGCUUCACCCAAGAUCUCCCAUGGGCGGUUGAACUUUUAUCCGAUAUCUUAAAAAAUAGCAAGUUUGAAUCGACACAAGUCGAGCGAGAGAGAGGUGUUAUUCUGAGGGAAAUGGAGGAAAUCGAAAGUAACUACCAGGAAGUAAUCUUCGACUACCUUCAUGCAACGGCCUAUCAAGGUACGCCACUUGGGCGCACUAUCCUGGGACCAGUGGAAAAUGUCAAAUCUCUCAAAGCCGCUGACCUAAAGAACUUCAUUAAAUGCAAUUACAAGGCUCCUCGGAUGGUCCUCUGUGCUGCUGGAGGUGUUGAUCAUUCACAACUCGCUGAGUUAGCUGAAAAGAACUUUGGAGACGUCCCUGCGUCAUAUUUCGAAGGUGAAGGGACUCCAAAUCUGGACCCAUGUCGCUUCACCGGUUCUGAAAUCAGAGAUCGUGAUGACGCAAUGCCACUGGCACAUGCUGCGAUCGCAUUCGAAGGACCCGGUUGGGCCAACCCGGACACAUUGGCGUUGAUGGUGGCUAGUAGCAUACAUGGAGCCUGGGACCGCAGUUACGGUGGUGGAGCAAACGUUGCGAGCAAGUUGGCCGCUCAGUUCUUCAAUGAAGACUCAGUGCACAGUUUUCAGCACUUCUUCACUUGUUAUCAUGACACUUCAUUAUGGGGUGUUUAUUUGACAGCUGAAAAGAUGGGACUUGCGGAGGGCGUGAACGCUUUCAUGAAGGAGUUUGUUCGUAUGUGCACUCAAAUCACACCUCAUGAAAUUGAACGAGCAAAGAACCAACUGAAGACCCACUUACUGUUGCAACUGGACGGAACCACACCAAUCUGUGAGGAGAUUGGACGUCACAUGCUGGUCUACGGACGACGGAUUCCACUCUCCGAAAUGCUCGAAAGGAUCGACGGUCUGACCGUCACAAACGUUAAAGAUGUGUGUAUGAGCUACUUCUAUGACCGAUGCCCAGCUGUGGCCUCUUUGGGUCCAAUCGAGACGAUGCUCGACUACAACCGUCUGCGUGACAAGACCUGGUGGCUUCGACUGUAAGCCUCACGUUUCAGACCGUGUAGCGUAGAGCCAGUUCGAGCACGUCCCCAAACCCACAGGCGACGACCGCCUCCCCACAGUGUGACUAAUAAAAUUUCUAACAGUUUCCUGAGUUUCUGUUGCUUUUGUGGGUGGUCCACCUGCAUAUGUACUUAUUUUAUCUUGUGACGUCGAUUAAUUUUACUGACUUGUUCCUACACAAGGAAACCCGGAUCCGUCAGCAGCGUUUUGCAGUUGUUUGACUGGGUCUCGCUUAAGUUGAAAAUUUGCACUUAUUAUGACAGUUGGCCCGUGCUGGAACGCAUUUCCGGCAUUUGGUAGCUCUCCGUAACCCUUUUGUAUGGUGUUGUGUUCGCUUCCAAAUUCAGAUAACCCACGAGAGCUACAG